AUGGUAUACUAUGUAAAAUAAAUUAUGUCAAACAGCGUUAUAGUGCUUAGUUAAUGUUUAGUUAAAGUAUUUAGAAUUUUGUGGUCGCCACUGUGAAUUUCAAUGUGUUACAAUGAAGAAUUAAUUACAAGCAGGGCGUAGUUGUAAUUGCGACAUGGCAUCCCGCAGAUGGUUUCACCCUAACAUAUCAGGAUUAGAGGCAGAGCGCUUAUUAAUGGAACGAGGUUAUGAUAGUUCCUUUCUGGCACGUCCAAGUUCAUCCAAUCCUGGUGAUUUCACAUUAUCUGUAAGACGAAAUGGUGAAGUGACUCAUAUUAAAAUACAAAAUACAGGAGACUUUUAUGAUCUUUAUGGAGGUGAAAAGUUUGCUACAUUAUCAGAACUUGUACAAUUUUACAUGGAAAAUGGUGGACAGCUUCGUAAAAAAAAUGGAGAGAUAAUAGAAUUGAAAUAUCCUUUGAAUUGUGCUGAUCCAACAACUGAAAGGUGGUUCCAUGGCCAUUUAUCAGCAAAGGAAGCAGAACGAUUGAUGAUGGAAAGGGGAAAAAAUGGAUCUUUUCUAGUUCGUGAAUCACAGAGCAAACCUGGUGAUUUUGUAUUAUCAGUUCGUACUGAUGACCGUGUUACACAUGUUAUGAUACGAUCUCAGGACAAUAAAUAUGAUGUGGGAGGAGGAGAUAAAUUUGAUAGUCUUAGUGAUCUCAUAGAGCACUAUAAACGUAAUCCAAUGGUUGAAACAAGUGGAAGUGUUGUUCAUCUCCGACAACCGUUCAAUGCAACUCGUAUAAAUGCUAGCGGAAUUGAAAGCAGAGUUAGACAGUUACACAAAGAAAAUGGGUGUUCUAACGGGUUAUUAUGUCGAAAUGGCGCGACAGAUACUAAUGAAGGCAGUACAGGUCGUGGUAAAGGAAAAGCAGGCUUUUGGGAGGAAUUCGAAUCAUUACAACAACUAGAAUGUCGUCAUUUGUUUUCCAGGAAAGAAGGUUUAAGAUUAGAAAAUCGAGCAAAAAAUCGAUAUAAAAAUAUUUUACCGUUUGAUCACACGAGGGUACGCUUGAAGGAUGUUGAUCCUAAUAUACCUGGAUCAGAUUAUAUCAAUGCUAAUUAUAUCAGGAAUGAAGAAGGUGAUGGAGCUGCACCUGGUAUUAGUGGAAAUGAUGUUGGACAGUUUAAUAAAUGUUAUAUUGCUACACAAGGAUGUCUUCCAAAUACCAUUGGAGACUUUUGGCACAUGGUGUACCAAGAAAACACUCGAGUAAUCGUUAUGACAACGAAAGAAAUGGAAAGAGGAAAAAAUAAAUGUGCUCGAUAUUGGCCUGAAGAGGGAGAAAUUGCAGAAUAUGGAGGCACAUGGAAAGUUAAUGCUCUUUCUUGCACUGUAACAGCAGAUUAUACUUUACGUGAAUUUUUACUGCAAGGAAACAAGCCAAACAACACGGUUGCCAGAAGAAUAUUCCAUUAUCAUUUUCAAGCAUGGCCUGAUCAUGGUGUACCGUCAGAUCCUGGUUGUGUUUUAAACUUUCUUCAUGAUGUAAAUGCUAGACAAGAAUUAAUAGCUGCAGCUGUUGCAUCAAAUACUCAAAAUGCACCAAGCAUGGGGCCAAUUCUUGUUCAUUGUAGCGCUGGAAUAGGAAGGACUGGAACUUUUAUUGUUAUUGAUAUGAUUUUGGAUCAAAUUAAACGCCACGGUCUUGAUUGUGAGAUCGAUAUUCAACGAACGAUUCAAAGAGUACGUUCUCAGAGAUCAGGUAUGGUACAGACUGAAGCACAAUAUAAAUUCGUUUAUCUUGCGGUAUUACAUUACAUUGAAACUGUAUCUCAGAGAAUGCAAGCUGAACAGAAAUCACUUCAGUUAGGUCGUGAAUAUACUAAUAUUCGAUUACGACGGUACUGAACGGUUUAAGAUCGUGUAGAAAAUAUGAUGAGGAAUGAGCCGCGGGAAGCUGCUCAAAGGAAAGUAAAUAUUUUAAAAGUAUGACGAUUUUCACCGACGUAACUGGUAUCUCGGUUCGCUUAUUAAAAUUAUCAAGAAUUGAGCAAUUAAACCGAUUAUCACGUAAUUGGUAUAAUAUACCGGAACCGAGAAAGCGUGGUUAUCGGGGAAAAAGAAGUGAAAGAAACAAAGAUGAUAAUUUAUUUCAUUACCUAGCUUGGAUUGAAGAGCGAAACUCUCAAUCUACAAAAAGAGGUUAAGACUACCAAGAUUCUAUCUCGGGAUAAAAUGAAAAACAACUUUUGAAUAAUUGACAUAUAUAUGUGUAUAUAUAUAUAUAUAUAUAUAUAUAUGUAUACACAUAUAUAUAUACAUAUAUAUAUAUAAUGAUAAAGAUGUGAAAUUCCGACAGAAAUAAAAGUAUAAGUAAUUAUAUAAAGGAAUAUGAUAAAUUUCAACAAGAUUGGACAAAGUAACUCGUAUCUUGAUGAUGUGAAAAUGAUAGAAAUAUUCGGACGAAAUCUGUUAUAUAAACAAGUCGCGUAUGUAUACAUUUUUCUAAUAGUACAAAACACGAGAGGUAUUCGAUUUAAUGUACGAGCGAAA